AACCCAAAAUAAAAUUCCCGAACUCAACAGCCCCGGUAGCGGAUCUCACCUGGGACCUUUCAACCCGAAAAACGAAAAAAUUCCGAAAUGGUAACCAAUACAUUUCCAAGAGUCCUGAGCUCAAGGAAAUGUCCUAACUAACUCUAGAGACUCAUUUGGCACACCCCACGGUGCCCGGUACUUAAAACAAGACAAUUCCAAAAUAACCUCGAAAAAUUGAAAAAAAUUCCCAAAAAAUGAAAAAUAGAAAAAAUCAGAAACAUCACGGCACCAUGCAUCGAUCUCCCUCAAAAUUUUCUCAGUCAAGGCUUGUUCAAAAAAAGAAAGAAUAAUUUCCCACACCCGUUACUACUGUGGUCGUAAUUAUUUGAUCAAUUAUAUGGAAGGGUUUGUCUUUCCCUCGUUUUUGCACCCGUUUAAAAUUCAAAAAAUAAUACAGACCAGAACAUACAUAUCAGUACAAUAUGUGUGAGUAUUGAUCAGUAGUAACCCCUCUUUCUCUCUCUAUAAAUCAAAAAUCUCAUCAGUGGAUUGAAGAGAAUUAGAAACCAAAGAAAGAAUAUAACAACAAUCUAGGGUUUUAUUUGGUUGGAUCACUUCAUCAGAUGAUGAUACGCUCUUUCUUGGAGGGUAAAUUCAAAGAGUAUCUGUGCAGAUCUGUGAGAGCGAUGGGUUCUUUCUUCUGCUGUUUCCGAAUCAAAGACGACCAGAAUUACUUAUCAAAGAAAAUGGACGACCAGACUCCUCUCGUCCUUGAAUCUUCAGUCCCUUCGAAGCCCAGAGAGCCCUUCAUUUCUCGAUUUCGCCUAUUGCCUCUGCUGCAUUCAGAGAAAGAUGGUUCACCAUGCAAAAAGGAUAAGAAAAAUCAUGCUUUUGGUACUCCACUGCCUGACUUUGAUGACAAAGAGCUGAAGGAUGAGGCUAUGUUCCUCAAAGCUUGUGGUACUGUAAUUCAGACUCCUCCUGAAAUACGGAAAGCAUCUGAGAAACUGAAAAAUUUAACACCCCAUGAUGAAGGUACUGUAACAUCAAAAUUUCAUUCAUGGGUUCCCAAUGCACCAAUUGAAAAACUCUGGCCGGACAAGCAACCAGAUCGGCCUCCUACUUCUAUCAAGUUUGGUGAAACAUGGGAAAAUGGAUCAGUUUCGUCAGAGCAUACACCUGGCAGCUGUAUAUCCAAUGGACAAAUUUCUGGAAGAAACUCUACCUGCUCUACCGAAGGCAGUGUUGGUACUACCACUAAGAUUCAUGUCGAUCAGACUCAUGACACUUCAUUAAUUUCACCCACUCCUUUGACUGAAAAUGUGCAGCGCAUGAGCAAGUCUGUGCAUUUUGAAUGUGAGUCCGAUGUGACUUCAUAUUCAUCAAGCUUUUCAUCUGGGAUUGCUAGCCAAAAUUUGAAGCAAUCUGAGUCAGCAGGUAUCAACAUUGCGUCAAAGUCUUCACCUUACCCAACCCCACUAAAACUAACUAAUGAGAUGCAAACACCUGGAACUGUGUUCCCUGCGUAUUUAGAAAAUAUGGCAAACAGGAAGAACCCCCAUAUUAGGUCUCAGUAUGUGUACACAGUCCUGAAUACUGUUGAAAAUUUCUCCAACUGGAAGGCAGUGAAGGAAGAAGAUUCCAACUCCUAUCAACUAUCAGGUAAUCUGAGUGGAUCUCUUGAGCAGGCUGAUACUGAUGGCCCCAAGUCAGAAAUGGAGAUGAGGGUAAGUUCAGUUGAGGAUGAGAUGAAGGUGGAAGCAAGCCUGUCUUCUUGGCUGAAACCACAACCAGUCAAUCAAGAUGAUGGCUCUCCAAACUUUGAUUAUGUUUCUACAGAAAAUGCUCAGUCUGGCAGAACUCCUGGGGACACGGCUACAUUUGGGAUGGUUACUGAUCUCUGGGAUAAAGAUGAACUUUCUCACACCUCGCCAAAGUGGUGCGAUGGGAAUGGAAUUCUGAAUUCUACCAAGUAUGAAAAGGAUCAGAAAGUUAGUUGCCAUGCAACACCUUUUGAGGAGAGAUUAGAAAAAGCAUUCUCUGAGGAUAUCUUCAUCUCUCAGAGGAAGCAAAUCCAUGGGACACCAACAAUAGAUUUGAAUGGAAAUGUGGAAAGUGAUACUUUUUUAACCUAGGUUGCCAUCUCAGGCCCAUUCCAAGUGGUUGCUACUUGCUUCACUCUGAUGAAUGCUAGACAAUAUCAUUGUUCAUUGUCUCUUUUUGUGAAUUUGGAUUUCAGAACUACAAUGAGAGUUUGUAGGAAUUUCUUGAACAUUCAAACUGAGGAUGAAAGUUCUGCUUGUGUAGCUUUUUCACAGUAUGAAGCAGCAAAAUGUAUAGUCAAAUUUUUGGCUUGGCCUCAUGUUCUUAAAACUUUUCUGCUCUUUUUGUCUUUUAUUUCGCCUUGCCUUGUCUUGCUUGUGAAGAUUAAUCAAGAUAGUUUGUCUUUAUUUUUGAGUCCAUUA